CCUUAAGGGCAGCGACGGCUUAGGGUUCGUCUUAGAUUUCUCACACUGCCCACUACGCUGCCUUGUACUCAGAGACGCAGUACACUUUUGUGGAGUGGAAUUACAAAAUGUUACCUCUGGCAAAGCCUAGUGAAAUAGCUACUCUCUAUUCUCUAGUUCUGCCAUACUCCAGCCCUGUGUGCCCAUCGUCUCUGAAACCGAGACGCAGUCAGGAAAGCGGAAAAGAGCAGAAGACUGGGAAUGAGGAACCUGGGAUCCAUUCCUAGCUCAGCCCAUCCCAGUGUGAAGCUGAGAAAGUCCCUUCUUUCGAGGCCUGGGUUCUGUGUCUCCCAGAUGAGAGGACUGGGGGCGGACCUUGCCCCUCCGCGCGGUUCCCCGCCCAAGUUCAGGGUAGCCAGCCACAGCCACGGCCGAGCCUCGCUGAACGACUCGUCUUCUGGGGCAGCCUCUACGCAGAAAAAACAAAAACAAUCCCCCAAAGGGUAGGAACCCUCCCGGGAUUUUGUUGACUCGUUUAGAGGGAAAAACACCCAGCCAGUGUAAAAACCCCCAGCCGCCGCUCACGCUCAGUUUGCUCCACCCAGGAGUUACCAGGUGUGUUUAAAAACGUUGUAAAUCACGUAUGGGGGGUGGAGGUGUCCUGAGGCUCCAAAGAGGGAACCAAACGGACCCCGCCCAGACCCGUCCACCUCCUGUGCGUCUCGAGCUGGGUUCUUUAAACGCUCCCUCCGGGGGCAGCAGGAGCCAGUCCUUCGUUAGCGCGUCCGCCCGGAAACGCGGCGGCGGGCGGAGAGUUCCGGGACUUCUGAGGCUGCGCGUUGGCCCGGCAACGCCGCCGGCUUUUCGGCGGGGAGGACUCGGCGGGGGGAGUCGGAGCCGGAGUUCUCCCCUGCUCCCCCUGCUUCGUGGGCUUGCUGAGCCGGGUCCGCCCCUCGUUAAUCCAGGAUGGCGUUUAAGGCUUCGCCCGCCUCGGCUUCUGGGCCGCGGCUCUGCUCAGCACUGGCGUGGAUGCUCCCUUCACCCGGCCUUUGGGGACUCAGUUGCUUUUUGAUGGCGGCAGCCGCUGCUGGGUGAGCGGCCGGAGACUGUGCAGUACUCCUCCCGUCGGGAGAGGAUCGCUUUCUCCCGCCGUCACCACCUCCGCGUUGGUAGCGGUGCUUUUCCCUCUUUAACCUCUCCGCCACGCUCGAAGGGACGAGAAGAUGCCACUGCCAUUUGGAUUGAAACUAAAACGCACCCGGCGCUACACGGUGUCCAGCAAGAGCUGCCUGGUUGCCCGCAUCCAGCUGCUCAAUAAUGAAUUUGUGGAGUUCACGCUGUCUGUGGAGAGCACUGGCCAGGAGAGCCUGGAAGCUGUGGCCCAAAGACUGGAGCUCCGGGAGAUCACUUACUUCAGCCUCUGGUACCACAACAAGCAAAAUCAGCGCCGGUGGGUAGAUUUGGAAAAACCUCUCAAGAAGCAGCUGGAUAAAUAUGCACUGGAACCGACCGUCUAUUUUGGAGUGGUGUUUUAUGUGCCUUCAGUUUCACAGCUGCAGCAGGAGAUUACCAGGUAUCAGUAUUAUCUGCAGCUGAAGAAAGAUAUCUUGGAAGGAAACAUUCCUUGUACAUUAGAACAAGCAAUUCAGCUAGCAGGCUUAGCUGUUCAAGCUGAUUUUGGUGACUUUGAUCAGUAUGAGUCCCAGGACUUUCUUCAGAAAUUUGCCUUGUUUCCUGUGGGGUGGCUACAAGAUGAAAAAGUAUUGGAAGAAGCAACCCAGAAAGUGGCCUUACUGCAUCAGAAAUACAGAAGGCUCAGCGCUCCUGAUGCGGAAAUGCUGUACAUGCAGGAGGUAGAGAGAAUGGAUGGCUACGGAGAGGAGAGCUACCCUGCGAAGGAUAGCCAAGGCAGUGACAUAUCCAUUGGAGCAUGUCUUGAAGGGAUCUUUGUGAAACACAAGAAUGGAAGGCCUCCUGUGAUAUUUAGGUGGCAUGAUAUUGCCAACAUGUCCCACAAUAAGUCCUUCUUUGCAUUAGAGCUGGCCAAUAAAGAGGAGACCAUCCAGUUUCAAACUGAAGACAUGGAAACCGCAAAGUACGUGUGGAGACUCUGUGUUGCGCGACACAAAUUCUACAGACUAAAUCAGUGCAGCCUGCAAACUCAGACUGUCACAGUGAACCCAAUUAGGAGGAGGUCAUCUUCAAGGGUAUCCCUGCCUAAGCCCCAGCCCUAUGUGAUGCCUCCCCCACCCCAGCUGCAUUAUAAUGGACAUUAUACAGAACCAUACACUUCCUCCCAAGAUAACCUCUUUGCGACCAACCAGAAUGGAUACUAUUGUCACUCUCUGACAAGUUUGGAUCGAGCUCAGAUUGACCUCAGUGGUCGGAUCCGAAACGGCAGUGUAUACAGUGCACACAGCACUAACUCCCUGAACAACCCGCAGCCCUACCUGCAGCCGUCCCCCAUGUCCUCUAACCCGAGCAUCACGGGGAGUGACGUCAUGAGACCCGACUACGUGCCGUCCCACCGGCACAGCGCCCUGAUCCCCCCGUCGUACCGCCCGACCCCAGAUUACGAGACGGUGAUGAAGCAGCUCAACAGAGGCAUGGUGCACGCCGGAAGGCAGAGCCACUCGCUGCGAAACCUCAACAUCGGCAACUCGUACGCCUACAGCAGGCCCGACGCGCUGGUGUACAGCCAGCCGGAAAUUCGGGAGCACGCCCCCUUCACCUCCCCGCAGUCGGCCCACUACCCGUUCAGCCUGAACUACAGUUUCCACAGCCCGUCCCCGUACCCGCACCCCGCCGAGCGGCGGCCCGUGGUGGGUGCCGUCAGUGUGCCUGAGCUGACCAACGUGCAGCUGCAGGCGCAGGACUACCCGGCCCCCAACAUCAUGCGGACGCAGGUGUAUCGCCCGCCCCCGCCCUACCCGCCCCCGCGGCCGGCCAACAGCACCCCGGACCUGUCCCGCCACCUGUACAUAAGCAGCAGCAACCCCGACCUCAUCACCAGGCGCGUGCACCACUCGGUGCAGACGUUCCAGGAGGCCAGCCUGCCCGUGGCGCACUCCUUGCAGGAGGUCAGCGAGCCGCUCACGGCCGCCCGGCGCGCGCACCUGCACAAGAGGAACAGCAUCGAGGUGGCCGGGUUGGCGCACAGCCUUGAGGGCCUGCGGCUCAAGGAGCGCACCCUGUCCGCGUCAGCCGCCGACCCGCCGCCCAGGCCCGUCUCGGCGGGCUCCCAGCCCGGUGGCUGCCCCGAAAGGGCUGAGCGGGACCAGGCGGACGAGCGGGGAGGCCUGGGCUACGGCCACAAGAAAUCUCUCUCCGACGCCACCAUGCUGAUCCACAGCAGCGAGGACGAGGAGGACCUGGAAGAGGAGAUCGCCUCGCUGGCGGUGCCCUUUCCCCGGGGCCGCCACUCCCCGGAGCAGCAGGCCGGCCCCUCCCGCGGCCCCUGCGCCCCCUGCGCCCCCACCGCCGCCGCCCCGGGCUCCCUGCACGGCCGCGACGCUGCGGCCGCGCUCGCGGAGGCCACCCGGCCCCGCAGAGAGGGGCUGCUCACGCCCUCCAUGUCCGAGUCCGACCUCACCACGUCGGGGCGCUACCGAGCCAGGAGGGACUCCCUGAAGCAGCGGCCGGUGUCCGAUCUCCUCUCGGGGAAGAAGAACGUUGUGGAAGGCCUUCCGCCACUAGGGGGAAUGAAAAAGAGCCGGGUAGAUGCAAAAAAAAUUGGUCCUCUCAAAUUGGCUGCCCUAAAUGGACUCUCCCUAUCCCGACUGCCUCUGCCUGAUGAAGGAAAGGAAGUGCCCGCCAGAGCCACCAAUGACGAGAGGUGUAAAAUUCUGGAACAGAGGUUAGAACAGGGAAUGGUAUUCACAGAAUAUGAAAAAAUUCUUAAAAAACGGCUAGUUGAUGGGGAGUGCUCAACAGCACGACUCCCUGAAAACGCAGAAAGAAAUCGAUUCCAAGAUGUCCUUCCCUACGACGACGCCAGAGUGGAGCUGGUCCCAACUAAAGAAAACAACACUGGCUACAUCAACGCGUCACAUAUUAAGGUCUCUGUCAGUGGAAUUGAGUGGGAUUAUAUUGCCACACAGGGGCCACUACAGAAUACCUGUCAGGACUUUUGGCAGAUGGUGUGGGAACAGGGAAUUGCCAUUAUAGCAAUGGUGACCGCAGAAGAGGAGGGCGGCAGGGAGAAGAGCUUCAGGUACUGGCCUCGACUGGGUUCCCGGCACAACACAGUCACCUACGGGAGGUUUAAGAUCACAACGCGGUUCCGCACGGACUCCGGCUGCUAUGCCACCACAGGCUUGAAGCUGAAGCACCUGCUCACGGGGCAGGAGAGGACUGUCUGGCAUCUCCAGUACACAGACUGGCCCGAGCACGGCUGUCCCGAGGGCCUCACGGGCUUCUUAUCAUACCUUGAGGAGAUCCAGUCUGUUCGACGCCAUACAAAUAGUACCAGUGAACCAAGAAGUCCCAACCCUCCGUUGCUGGUCCAUUGCAGUGCUGGGGUGGGAAGGACUGGCGUCGUCAUUUUGUCGGAGAUCAUGAUCGCCUGUCUGGAACACAAUGAGGUGCUGGACAUCCCCCGGGUGCUGGACAUGUUGCGGCAGCAGAGAAUGAUGAUGGUGCAGACCCUCUGCCAGUACACGUUCGUGUACCGAGUUCUCAUUCAGUUCCUGAAGAGCUCAAGGCUCAUAUAG